CUUGUAUCCUAACUUUCCUUUGAGGAGUGAUAGUAAACACCAGCCUGACGAACGGACAGUCAGUGCGCGAAGGUGAUAUAGAGGCUAGUAGUUUCUCUCAAGGAUACGAUAUUUUCUGGACACGUCCAACAUAGACUGGAGACCUGGAAGUGUGAGAGAAAACAAGAAAGCGAGCAAAGUAGGACCUUUCACUUUCACAGGAGCUUGAAGUGUUCCCAUAUCACAUAAGAGUCUGUGACCUGUCCGAUUCACAGCAUCUCAUCAUGCAGUUACAGUCCUGUACUGGACACUGGAUUAAUGUCAAUCACAGAAUGAAGAUAGUGAGAACUUCUUAUCUGACCUUGGCAGAUAGCAAUUAUCAUACAGGAGAAGUCUCGUACCGGCUGGUGAGACAGGUAGACAGACAGCUUCAUAGCACGAGUUAGUAGCAAGCCAAGUAACUGAGUGUGGGUGACUUACAAGUGUGCAAGGGGAUUGAGUGAUGACUGCAGCAGCAUGGGCGCCUCGGAGCAGAGCAACCACACACCAGACCCAUCACCCAACUGUGAUGCACAGUACAUUGCCAGCCUUGACCUGGGCACCACUACCCUCCGAUGCUUCAUAUACAACAGAAAGGCUCAGCUCUGUGGCCGAGCUGAGGAAAAGGUGACCCUCCUGUACCCGGCUCCUGGAAGGGUGGAGAUGGACCCUGAGGAACUGUGGAGCAAGUUUAUGAUUGUUAUGAGUGCAGCAAUAUCCAAUGCUGGAGUGAGUCCAGGUGACAUCCGGUGCCUGGGUCUGAGCACACAGCGAGCCACCUUCAUCACUUGGGACCGCCGCACUGGAGUUCCCUUCCACAACUUCAUCACUUGGAAGGACAUUCGGGCUGAUGCCUUGGUUAGACACUGGAAUUCAUGCCUCACUAUGAAGGUGGUUCGGUUUGGCAGCUCACUUCUGUAUCUUUUUUUGAGGAGCAAGAGGUAUCUGGCAGCCAGUGUUUUGAAGUUCAUGAAUAUUCAGGUAAACAUGCGACUGAAGUGGGUGUUGGAGAACAAUGAGAUGGUGAAGCAUUUGGCUGAUGAAGGCCAUGUUAUGUUUGGCACCAUCGACACUUGGCUGGUCUACAGGCUCACUGAGGGGAAGGUUCAUGCCACAGAUUACUCUAAUGCCAGUGGUACAGCUCUUUAUGAUCCUUACCUGGAGGAAUGGAGCACAUUCUUCCUAAAGCUGCUUCAGAUGCCCAAAAGUCUCUUCCCGGAACUUAGGGACUCUGUUGGGGACUGGGGCGUGUGCUCAGCCAGGUUCUUUGGUGUCCCCAUCCCCAUUACAGCUGUGGUGUCUGAUCAGGGAGCCUCACUAUUUGGGUCGUGUAGCUUUGAGCGUGGUGAUGUGAAGGUCACUCUUGGCACCGGUGCUUUCCUUGAUGUGAACACUGGCAGCAAGGUACACACUUCUGUUAAAGGGAUUUAUCCAGUGCAUGGCUGGAAGGACAAAGAUGGGCUUGUCCACAUGGCUGAGGCAUCAUCAAAUGACAAUGGAACAGUGAUUGAGUGGGGGCAGAUGAUUGGCUUGUAUGAAAAGGCUUCAGAAACCUCAGAAUUGGCCUCAUCUGUGAAGGGAUCUGAAGGGGUCUUUUUCAUCCCUGGCUUCCAGGGUAUUCAGGCUCCUGUGAAUGAUACUACAGCCACUGGAGGUUUUUUGGGCUUGAGUGCAUCCACCACCCGAGCCCACCUUGUCCGAGCCAUGCUGGAGUCCCUCGCCUUCCGCAUCUACCAAAUAUACCGGGCCAUGCUUACUGAAGCUGACCAUGAAUUACUGAGUCUCAGUGAAAAAUCUCCCCUUAGAGUGGAUGGAGGGGUGGCUCAGAAUGACUUCCUGGUACAGAUGAUUGCCACCCUCACUGGCAGGCCGGUGGAAAGGCCCAAGUCCACUGAAGUCUCUGCUUUGGGCGCUGCCUUCUUGGCGGGGAUGGGGGCAGGAAUCUGGAAGUCACGCAAGGAGUUGAUUCCACUAAGGGAGGUAGAAAAAACCUUCCAUCCCCAGCUUGAGCUACAGGACCACCUGCUGAACCAGAUGAAACAGUGGGAGAAAGCUCUGCAUCGCUGCACCAAGUGGCACUCUAAGAGUGGACUGAACAGGGAAUCCAAGGCCCUCAAGGGAAACACAAUAUGGGAGGCAGUGGGGCAGAAGAAGGAGACUAGAUUACUCCAAGGAUGGGAGGGGGAGGGUGAUGAUGACCUGCCUGAUGUGAACCAUUGUGAGUCUAGUGCCUACCAUACUAGCCAAGCAACAAGAAAGAGAGGCAGAAAAUUUGCUACAGAAAAAAAUAUGUCUCACUCUCUCUCACUUGUUCUGAGUGCUAUACUGUUUUGCCUGUUGAGUUCGUACUUUUACAUUCGGCUCUAGUGUCAAUAUUUUCUAGCAGUUGCCUGAAGCAUUCAUCCUUCUGGUGUGUGUAAGAUUGUUUUGAAGAUCAACACACAUCCAUCACUGCAUGUUCAUUAUAAGCUUCUUGUCUUUAUAGAAGUUUCAUGUGGUAUACAGAGGUCAAACUGUAUAUUAUACAAGAAAAAUGUUCUUAUAGUAAUAAUUUCCUGUAGUUGAGAUGUAAUUGCUUCUUAUGGUGCUAUAACUGGUGUUGGGGACUCAUUCCUGCUUCCAAUAACUCAGCCUACAGUCUCAGACUUUGUAGUUUUCACUUGCAGCAAAGAAUUAUGCUAUGUAUGUAGGCACUUCAUCUCGGCUAAUCACUUUGGAGAUGAACGUCAGCCUGAUAUUUACAUAGACAGAUAGGCUGUUGAUUGUGUUUAUCAGCACAUACAAAAUUAUAGAAAAAACUGUGUUUUGAUAGUUUUUCCAUGUACCGUAUCAUAUAUAUUUGUUAAUGGGAUACUUAUUUUGAAACUCAAUGUGCAGUACCAUACAUACAUAAGUAUAUAUCAGUGAAAUACUUAUUUUGGAACAAAAUUUUAUUUGAGUGUAUGAUAACUUGUACAGUGCAGUGCCUUGUUGCCCUCCAAUCUACACCUCUUAAGCAUCUUUCUUCCCACAACUUCUACACACACACACACACACACACACACCCACACACACACACACAUUUGUUGCAGCAUUACAUAUUAUUCAACUACCCUUCACUGUAAAUGGCUUGGUGAUGUUGGGGUUAACACAUUUGGCUCACAACCAGGAGGAGGUUGGUUUAGAUCCCACUCUGGACAAGGGCAAUGUGGGCUUUGUCUUCUUUCUGUAGGCUUCAUGACAAGAUGCUUUCAUCAGUAUACUAUGGUAUUGGGCUUAAUGUUUUUGCUCUGCAGUGAACCCAUAGGCUGGUAGCAAGAAAGAUAAUAAUUCUGUGUAUGGGUGCAAAACGAGAUCAUCUGGACAUCCAGGUAUAUAUGAAAACUUUAUAAGGUUAAUCUUCAGUUAUCUACUUAUUCAAAGCAAUCUCCUCACCAUGCUAUGUGGAUUAACAAAAUUGUGUUCAUUUGUAGUGUUAAAGCUAGAUGAUACUUAGCUUGUUUUUUCUGUUGGUAUAUGGUACAUUUAUCCCUUAUGAUUUACUAUGACUUUUAAGAAAGGAAACAUUAUAUUUCAAGUGCAAUAAUUUUUGUUAUGAUUUUAUACAUAAUACUUUUUUACAUAAUGAAAAUUGAAGGCAUAGAACUGAAUACAGAUACUGUAUACAAAGAUGCAAACAUAUGUAGAGGUAUAAUUGGCAGCAACUAUAGGAUAAAGAUUAGGCACUUUCCCAGCACAACAAAGAUCAAUACAAGUUCCAAGGACAGAGCUGUUGGAAGCAGGAAUUAAUUGUAUGUAGCUUUAAGACUUGGUGAACUUGAUAAAUUUAUAUUUCUACUUUUGUAUUGCUAACACUGCUUUGUAAUUUUAUAUGAAUUUACACAUGUGCAUAAAUAAUUUGUUAUCUGAAGAUUUUGGUAUUAGCAUUAUGUAGCUGUUUUGGGAUACACCAGUGAUAUUCAGAAGUUUUAGUGGACCUUAAACAUGUUCUGUACAAGUACCUUCUAUACAAGUAUGGAGUUGAAAAUGGAGAUUGGAAGAAAUUGGUUCACAUUAGAGCAAUAGUAACUGGAAUAAAUUUAGUAAUCAGUGAGUCCGUAGGGAGUUUUAAAAGAUUAGUUAAGUGUAUGACAAAGGUAAUAGAUUGAUAUAGGUGUGUAUGGUUUAUACAAGAACUACCAUGUGCAAGUCUAAUGACUUCCUGUAACUUCCAUUAUGUUCUUAAGUCUCCUAGCUCAGGAUUUAGCUGAGUGCUUGAGAAAGAAAUGAGAGGAUGGUGCUAGAGGAAGGCAUCUUUUUAAUUGCAGUUACCAAUGUGAUAUUAAGUCAUUCAGUCCAGUACUUUCAUGCAGUAGAAUCAGAUUUAAGUGGACUAUUCAAGGCAUACUUUUCUGUGUAAUGGAUGUUCCAUGUUGGGAAUUCCACUGUUUCCUGUAAUUUUCUUUUGAUUUUGUGAAUCUUUCCACAAAUUAGAAUGUGAUAUCAUGUAACUGUUGUGUGAGUGCAUCAAUGAAAUUACUUGAAUGAGGCCAAAAAAUAUUUGAAAAAUUCUUUUCAUUAGAUCAGCAGUUCUUCGAAAUUUAAUUCUUCUGACUCUAGAUUUUGCUGGAUUUUACAAUUGCAAUAUAAUUGGGUGGAGAGACAUUUUGGAAGACAUUUAGUUUUGUAGUUUCUCAUAACUUUUUAUGGUAUGAUAAAAAGAACAUAAAUAGUUUAUUAUUUAAGUUUUAGCAGUAAAGAUUAUUACAUGUCUCUUAGCACAAAAACAUUGAUUGGUGUAAGACAGGCUGUUCUACUUCAUAAUAACCAUUUUACUUUAAACAUUUGUUGUGCACAGAAGUAAGGAUGGAUCAUAUUUCCUUGAACAGAAUGGAAAGUACUUUUAAGAGAUCAGGCAGCUGAAAUGGUAUACUUUGUGUAAAGAGAAAUGUGAAGUACUUUGAAGGAAGUAGGUGAUGAUUUCUACAUAUUGUAUCUCUUGCUUAAUUUUAGAAAGAAGAGUGUGGAUAUGUGUGUAAAUUUCUUCCAUACAUGGUGCUAUCCAGUACCUGGAAUGUUUGCAUCUUAGCACAAGCAAUUAGAGGUGCGGUGCUUAAUGUUAAAAAGUAUUCCAAUAUUCUAAUUAGCUGCCAAAUCAUUAAGUUAAAAUAUUGUACAUUUUCUAAAGCUGCAAGCAAGCAGUUUUUGCCUGAGUUGAUUUUGCAGGUUUUGUAAAUGAGUGGUGUGGUACUGACCAUAAGAUUUCUAAAUGUAUAUCAAAGUUGUGAUAUUACAUUGUAUAAGUAGCCAUUUCUGCUCAUUAAAAUAUCGUGGCUUUGUGAUUGUUAUGUUUGUAUUCAUAUAAUAUUAUAUUUUUCUAUAUACAAAAUAAUCUACAGUUUAUAGCACAGUUCAAUCAAAAUAAAGUUUAUAGCAAAUUUAUAUG